AAGUGGGCUUGUUUAGAUCUGACUACGUAGAUCUCCCAUUCUUCAAGUGAUUCAUAACCUUUCAAAGUGUAAUCUUCAGACCUUGAUAUCAAAAAUUUGGUAUUUAGGGAUUACACAACUAGGUAACAUGAGAUGAAGAAACUCUAUUUAACCGAGUUGGAUACAUGAUUAAUUUAAUCAGCUUCAUAUGCGUUGCACUAUGAUUGACAACAAACACCUACUUCAUUCGCUACUUAUCUACCGAUUUAAUAUCAGUUGCAUUUCUCAGCAAUGUAGUCGAAAUCUGUCGUUCAAAAAUUCUACGAAGUUUCAGUCGGUUAUUAAUGAUGAAAGAGAUGGACGAAGUGGCAAAAAAACAUUUACAGCAUUAAACAAUACUGCUAUAUACAAAAGACCUGUUAAUACAUUAACGACAGGUAAUGACGAGACACCGUUUGUAGAUGAUAUUGAGAAAAUUACUUCGUAUUCCAUUUUUGGAUUUCAAAAUACGAUUCAACAACUGGUAAAAAGACAGAUUCCAUCUGUGUCUACGAUUCUGACUGAUACAGUGUCCCCAUAUACAACAGCACGUAUAGGCGUAUGGAGGGAAAGAAUGAUUUUAAAAUAUGGACAAGAAGAAUUUGACAAGCAUUCUGAAGAUAUGUUAAGAACUGGUAGACUACUACACUCUUACAUACACAGCAAGCUACUAUGCAAGGAUGUUGUAUUGUCGCCAGAAAUUCAUUUAGCAUACCACAGUGUCAGGUCUUUUUUAUCGAAUAUACAAAGUGUUCAACGGUUGGAAACUGCUGUGACUCAUCCCGCUUUGAAGUACAGAGGCAUCGUAGAUUGUAUUGGAGUUUAUGGAAAUGAGGUGUGUGUAAUUGAUUGGAAGAAAUCAGACAAACGACGAUCAACUUUAGAUGCAACUCAUGAUGCAGCUCUUCAACUCUCUGCCAACAUCGGCGCCGUGAACGCUUCCCGCAUGUUUCCUUUUGUUGUGACUAAAGGAUUGAUCGUGAUCGCUUAUUCGAACGGAGAUCCAGCAGAUAUCCACGAGGUAAAAGAUAAGUUAUUGCAAGAAAAGUGGACAAGUUGGUUGAAACGAUUGAAAAUGUUCUAUGAAGAACAAAACUCUAGAUCAAAGGAUGGAACAGUUCCAGAUAGCUACUAAUUAUAUUAACUAUUAAUUGUAUUAAGCAGUAAUAAAUAAAUAAAUAGUCAAUUUUA